AUGGGUGUCCACGCCGCCGUCGCCAGCACCCGCAACGAGCAGCAGCCCCUUCUCCAGUCAUACACCCCCCCACACCCCUCCGCCACUGCAUCAGACAUCUAUCAGUCCUAUCCCUCCUAUGCCCAGGCUGUCAAGGACGGCGACAAGCAGAAUGGCAAGUCUAACGGGGCAGGACCGAGUAGAGUUACGCUCGAUACAAUAAGAAGGGAGAGUUAUGGGACAGCGUCCGAGGGAUCUACGACUGGAGGAAGCUGGAAAGGUCAGGAGCCGGAGGAUGUAGAGAGAGGGCGGGAGGUGGACAUGUAUGACCCGGACGAGCCUUUCGAGCCUGUAGUCAAUGUGACCUGGAAAUACAUGUCAAGAUUGUAUCUCCUCGUGCCCGUCGUUUCCUUGAUAUGGUUUGGACUUCUUGUCCUUCUCGUCACUUUUGCCUGGCCUCCGUCGGAAAAGGAAAGACGGGCAGGUCAGCAUUACCCCCAUCCCUUCCUCUUCAACCCCUUCCUAGUCGGCAUCUUUGCCUCUUGCACCGUUCAAACCUUGCGAGUGCCAAUCUAUGUCAUUGUCUCUUGGUUUGGCAUGUCAAUCACUUCCGUGGAGUAUCUGUCGCGAGUCGUCCACACAAUCCUCCACGAACUCCUCCGCCUCUCCUCCCUCCCCCUCUCACCAGCCUCCCCAACCUCCGGCUUCCACUCGUCAUACUACCUCGGCCUCGGCUGGGGUAUCGCCGAAGUUGCUUGGGGAACCGUACAAGGUUGGGAACAGCUCGCUCUGUAUCAAGAAGUCAUGAUGCCCUCUGCAUCAUCUGCCAAAGAUGGUAUCUGGCUCGAGUCUUCCGAAGAGGGAGAAGAAGAAGGUGUGAAGAGGGAUGGAAUGUUGAGUUCGGUAGAGGAGAGGGAUGAAGAUGAGAAUUCGCUGAAUGAGGAUGAAGAGAGUGAUACUAGCAGCGAAGAUGAUGUGCUGGACGAAACCGAGUUGGGCAAAAAGGUGGAGAUUCUGGAAAGGAUGAGGGAACGACGAGAAUUGGAAGAGGUCAUCGGUGUUGCCUUCCCUGCCAUUCCAUUCGCCCUCCACCUCCUCUGGCGCCUAGACACCCUCCUCCUCAACCUCGGCCUCACCCUCAUCCUCUCCUCCUUCUACUUCAACUCCACCCCCAUCUACCACCACUCCCUCUCCCCUUCCCCAAACACACUGUCCGCCUUGGGCGACCAUCCCAUGGUCCCAGAGAGGGAACCCAGUCGAUGGCUCUGGCUCGCCUGGGCAGCGGUGGUGCUAGUGCAUGUGGUUGUCAACCUCGUUUGGAGGGGCGUGGCCAAGUUUGGGAUUGGGGCGGUCACGUGGGGUGCGCUGAUUGUUGCGCUUGGGAGUGUGUUUGCCGGUCUUGGGUUCUGGGGCGGUCUUGUAUAACUGUGAAACACGGGCAUCAAUCUGCAGAAUCGACAAGGAGGCAUUGUUUGAAUUGUAUACGACCUUCUGGUCAUCUAUGGAAUUGAGGUAGGGGUGUAAGAUAUGAAUUGCAUGAGUCGGUCUGAGUGUCGUCAUCAACGCAGAAUGCAAUGUCUCU